GGCCUACAUUACUCAGCGGCGCGACGAGACAACCUGGAGCCUCGGCUGAGCAGCACCGCAGCAUAACACUCAGCAAAGCGUCACUUUGGCAACCAUGUGGUGUGACAAUUGUUUGCUUAUCUUCCCGUUACGGGCGGGAGGUAUUGCUCUCUUCGUGUUCAUUGCUCUAUACAACUUGGCUGGCUCUAUCUUGCUCUUCAACUCUGGAAUGUACCUCUUCUUCAACUUCCCUGAAUGGCAAAUUUACGGUGGUAUCGGAAUGGCGAUCAUGUCCAUCUGCAUCAUCUGCAUCAUCGGCUUCUCCAACAACUCCUACAUGUUCAGCCGACUAUGCUUCUUCUUGUGGCCGUUGCUGCUGAUUGUCACCGCUGUUCGCGCCGGCUUUAUGAUCUUCCAGCUGGAUCGUCAGCAGAACAAGAUCAUCUGGGAGUGCAACAAUGGCGGGCAGUUGUGGGGCGAGUCGGUGGAAGCGGGCUACGGUUCGGCAGACUCCAAAGGCAUGCCAACCGGAAUGUGCUCGGCUGGAUUUCACAGCCUCUACGUUGCCUUUGUGCUCAGCUUGCUGGCCGACUUCGCAUUGCAGGUCUACGCCUACUUCCUCACUUGGCGGUUCAAGAGCAGAAUCGAGCACUGGUACACGCGCGUCAAGACCAACAACAUCUACACUGCCUAGAGCCCACACUUUGCUCGAGGUUAGUGGACGCGUACGAAGUCUGUUCCAACCGCAAUGGAGCCUGUGCGCUUGCUGCAUUCUGCCGCAGUCGCUUCUGGACACUUUCAACAGCCCCCUCCCAUCUGUACAGCUUCUGAUGCCUUUGCUUUCCACUUUGACGAAACUCGACUCGUCGCCAAUACCUCUUCAGCGUCUACAAGCGCGCCUCUUGGAACCGCACUUGCGUCUAUUUCGCCUUGAAUCGGAUCGUAUCAAACUUU